AUGGGCUUCCGCCUUACCCAAAGACUUGGAGAGUUGAUGCUUCAUGGCAUCCAAAACACCGUGUUUCUCAGCAGUCCCAUCAGCCGGAUCAUCACUGCUAGGAACGCCUACUCCGCCGUCCAAGCCGAGCCAUCAGGCCGUAUCUCGGUUAAGAGCAGCAUCAACACUGGGAAUUUGCAGAAGAUUCCCUUGCCGGGCGGCUUAUGGUCUCGACUAAUGGCCUCCAAGCAUCUCCGAGCCAACGAGGUCGAGCACGGCGAAUGUGAAGCUGCUGGGAGACUGCUUCUGGACAGCGUCAUACAGUCCUUUGACCUCAUCCAUAGCUUGCAAGACUGCCCUCUGAUUAUUGUGGCUGAUGGUAUCACCAUCCGUGAUGGAAAGCCUGUGUGGAAUCAAGGGAAGGUGAACGCUGAGACUGGGAAAAAGUACCGCGCCUAUGUGGACGCACUGCGGGCGAAGUGGACUGUCCGAGCGGGAUCUGGGGGGUGCAAAGUGCUGGGACCACUGGAAAAGAGGGUCAACUUUGCGUACGCCCUGCUUGAAGGCUUGGAACAGGUUGAAACCGACUAUGUGCUCGUGGUGCAACAUGACAGGGUCUUUUCGGAGAACUUCUCCAUGACUGAAGUGGUGCGGCAGCUGGAUCGCUACCCUGAGCUUCGCUACGUGGGCUUCCCUACUGUACCUGACUACACUACCUAUGCAGCUAGCAAGUAUGGCGCAUGGGUGCGCGACGAUGGACUGGAUCCAAGCUUGAUCCCAUGCUUCAUGUGGUACGACUCGACACACGUUGGUCGAAGGGACCAGUUGGCUGAUCUGAUCCGGAAAGAGGUGAAGCCCGGAGAGUUUAUUGAAAGUUCAUAUGGAUGUCGCAUGCUGGCGGAGAUUCGCGAGAGCACGCAUGAAUGGACUUGGGACUAUCACAUGAAGAACUAUGGUGUCUUCUUGUAUCGGGACUUUACCCUUCCUGGCAGACCCUUGGUACGACAUGUGAGUGGCCGCUCCUUCCUUUCAAGGGAGGAGAGGCUGAGGAGGGGCUACCCUGCUGAGCGGCCUCUCAUCAGUCGGCGCGUGAAAGAGGACUUGACUCAGGCUGCAGGGCUAGCAGGAGAGACUUUGGGGUUCACAUCGUGCCACGUGGCUUCAAAGCUUCUUAUCUUGGCAUAUCUUGGCAAGACUUGUCUCCAUUUCUGGGACGACAUGCAGAAUGACCAUGGCUGCCAACCUCUGACCUGUGUAAAUUGGCACCCCGGGCUGGCCAUCUGGGGAAGACAUCCGACAUCCGGCGUCGCAGCGAUUCUUUCGUGGCGGAAAACUCGCCUGAGAGCAGCAAUUGUCUGCAAAGAAGAAGCCUCUACGGAUUUACCAACUUUGGAAAGACUAUGAAACAGAAUCAAAAACCUCCGUACACUUUUACUUUUGCAGGGGCCCAGGUAAGCUCAAGAUCCCAAGGCAAUCCGAGCAAACGGUUGAUUUGUGCUUGCAGGCAGUCUUG